AUGUCUUCCUCCUCUUCCACCGCACACUCGUUUAACAAGAUUCUGAACCAGCCCAGAAAUGCCUCCAAAUCACGGUCAGGGGACAUCGACGACUACACCAAGAAAUUGCGGCGGAUGAUACUAGUUGAGGGUAUUCCUUCGACAGUGGAUCCGACCCUUCGACCCAGGAUAUGGAAGAUCCUGCUCCGUGUUAAUAACCUUUCCGCCGAAUCUUUUUUGCGCUAUGUUGCCCGAGGCCCUUGUGAGGUACGAGAAAAAAUUAGGAACGAUACGUUCCGGACGCUGGCCACAGAUCGUGGAUUCAAGGAGAGAGUCAGAGAAGACAUGUUGAUUCGACUUUUGGAUGCCUUUGUUUGGAGAAACCAUGACCGUCAGGAGUCCCACCAGCUUGGAUUUACCUACGUUCAAGGCAUGAACGUGCUUGCUGCACCAUUCCUUUACACCAUGCCCUCUGAAGUUGAAGCUUUCUAUUGCUUCUCUAAAUUCAUCGAAGAAUCGUGUCCACUCUAUGUACAACCGACACUCGAGGGUGUACAUCGUGGCCUUAAGUUACUGGAUCGAUGCUUAAAAAUCGUCGACCCUGAGCUGUACUCAUAUCUGCGGUCUAAAAAUCUGUCCGCCGAGAUCUACGCCUUUCCUUGUGCGUUGUUUUGUGUUCAAGCCGUUGCUUUUCUCACAACACUCAGCUGUAUUAACACUCUGUGCAUGUACCCCACCAUUGGACCAAGUUCUCCAACUUUGGGACUUCCUUCUGGCUUUUGGAGUCCACCUCAACGUUCUUUGUGUCAUUGCUCAAUUAUUAUUAAUUCGCGACGAUGUAAUGGCGUCUUCAAGGCUCGUUCAUUGUCUAUAUAUAGUGACGCCUGUUACUCACUAUCUCUAUCUAGUCCUAUGCGACUACUCCGGACUUUCCCUCCCCUUGAAGCUCUACCUGUCAUUGGGAUUGCUGUAACCUUAGUACGAGACUUGCCCGGUCCGCUGUAUGACGAGCUUGUAAAACACCCAUACGAGAUUCAAACUCCGCGCUAA